AUGAUGGGCUCAAUCGCUGCCAUUAGCACAGCAAUCGUAACAACGUUGGUAUAUCUAAUCCAUACAACAUAUCACCACCGCUCCAAGAUCAAUGCCUUGAGAAGGAAUGGAAUGCCAAUGCCCAAAGGCUGGAAUUGGUUUACAGGUCAUCUCCUAACCCUACAAGAAUACGUCGACAAGCUCCCACCCGAUGCAAAUGUCAACCUCGCUAUGAACGACCUCGCACUCGAAUUUGCCGACACGGAAGUGUUCUUGAUGGAUUUCUGGCCCGUGUACCCCGCGCUUCUCAUGGUUUAUGAUCCCGAUACCGCUGUUCAGAUAUCGACCAAGUACAAUUUACCAAAAACUGAUAUGCACUUGCAGUUUAUGAAACCCAUUACGGGUGGCCCGAACCUUGUCUCCAUGAGUGGCCUAGAAUGGAAGUUUUGGAGAACUCUUUUUAAUCCGGGAUUCAGUUCAAGUGCCAUGAUGGAUAAUGUGCCUCAUAUUGUCAAUUUUGUGCAGGUGUUUUGUGAUAAACUAAAAGAAAACGCUGGGAGAGGAAUGUUAUUGCUGGAUGGUUUGACGACGAGAUUGACGAUGGAUGUAAUUAUCAAAUUGACACUCGACGCAGAUCUCGAUUACCAACGCUCAGAGAAUGCGCUUGCUACUUCACUGGGCUACAUAACAAGAUGGCAUUCCUUCUGGGACCCUCGAAUCUUAAUGCACCCGCUUCGACCAUUCAUUCAGAAGUAUCAUGGCAGAGUGAUGGAUAAUUACAUACAAAACGAACUCGAUCAAAGAUUUUCUGAGAUAAGAGCGAGGUUUAAUGAUCCCGAUGCCGAACAGUCAAAUGCUACAAAGUCUGUCAUAACCCUAGCAAUCGAGUCAUACAUUCAAGAAAACAAGAGCAACGACCUGAUGCAGAAACCAAAACUCGACAGUCACUUUGCGAAGUAUGCCACCCACCAAAUUCGACUCUUUCUAUUUGCAGGAAAUGACACCACGUCCUCGACUAUUGUCUACGUUUAUCAUCUUCUCUCUCAGCACCCGGAGGCUCUCAAAUCUCUGCGAAAAGAGCACGACGAUGUAUUUGGGACCGACAUAUUUGGGACCGACAUCAACCAAACCGCAAAACUUCUGAGAGAACAGCCCACACUCCUGAACAAAUGUCCGUUCACACUAGCCGUCAUAAAAGAAACACUUCGUCUCUGCCCACCAGCAGCAACGAUGCGUGCCGGCCAACCAGGCGUCAAAGUCACAGACCGCCACGGAAAUUGCUACCCAAUGGACUACGUCGGCGCCACCCUUCUUCAUCCUGCGAUUCAUCGUAAUCCUCGUGUCUGGCCUCUCCCAAAUGACUUCCUACCAGAGCGCUUUCUAGUAGACCCAGGCCAUGAACUCUAUCCCAACCCUGCUGCGUACCGUCCGUUCGAGCAAGGACCGAGGAAUUGUAUCGGGCAGACGUUGGUGUAUAAUGAGAUUCGUAUUGUUAUGAUCAUGACGGUAAGGAUGUUUGAUGUUAAGCCGGCGUAUGAGGAGUGGGAUGCGAUGAGGGAACGAGAAAUAGGUGUGUUAGGUCGUUUUAAGAAAAGUGUUUUUGGAGAACCGGUAAAGACAGUUCGUGGGGAUAGAGCCUAUCAGACUGAGAAAGCUGGGACGCAUCCUGCUGACGGGUAUCCUUGUCGUAUUUCUUUGCGUGGUGGUGGGGGUGGUGAGAUGGAAUAG